AUGGAUCAGUGGUCCUUCCUCUCACCGUCGCCCAACAUGACUAUUCCCGAGCCGCUCCUGUACGACAGCUACCUCCAGGGGAACGAGUCCGACUUGGACCUGAACCUCACGGGAGAGAUGAGGGAGCACCACCAGGACAAGACCAGUUCGGUGGUCAUCACCUUCAUCUACUUCGUGGUGUGCGCCGUGGGACUCUGCGGCAACGCCCUGGUCAUUUACGUCAUCCUACGCUACGCCAAAAUGAAGACGGUGACCAACAUAUACAUCCUCAACUUGGCCGUGGCGGAUGUACUGUGCAUGAUGAGCCUGCCGUUUAUCGCCUUGCAGCUGGCGUUGGUGCACUGGCCCUUUGGCGAGGCGCUUUGCAGGGUGAUCAUGACCGUGGACUCUCUCAAUCAGUUCACCAGCAUUUUUUGCCUCACGGUGAUGAGCAUCGAUCGCUACCUGGCUGUGGUUCACCCCAUCAAGUCCACAAAAUGGCGAAAGCCCCGGAUAGCCAAGUUAAUCAACCUAACCGUGUGGGGCGUCUCCAUGUUGGUCAUCCUGCCGACCAUGAUUUUCAGCGGUUUGAACAAGGUGCCGGUAUGUGGGAUCGUGUGGCCCGAACCCGAGGACGUCUAUUACACCGCCUUUAUAUGUUACACCUUCUUCAUUGGAUUCGUCCUACCAUUGGCCGUCAUAUGUCUGUGUUACCUGCUCAUUAUAGUCAAGGUCAAAUCGUCAAGCAUGCGAGUCGGCUCGACCAAGCGCAAACGUUCCGAACGCAAGGUGACGCGCAUGGUCUCCAUCGUGGUGGCCGUGUUCGUCCUCUGCUGGCUGCCCUUCUACGUCUUCAACGUCACUUCGGUCACAAGCUCCAUCAACCCGACGUCGGCCAUGAAGAGCACUUUUGACUUCGUGGUGGUUCUGGGUUACGCCAACAGCUGCGCCAACCCCAUCCUCUACGCCUUCCUGUCGGACAACUUUAAGAAAAGUUUCCAGAAGGCUCUUUGUCUUAAAAAGGUGGUGGGCCUGGAUGAGAUGGAACGCAGCGACAGCAGGGCGGACAGGAGCAGGAUGGUCAACAACGCGUUGAUCAUCAACGCCAACUUGGAGGCGCACAACGCGGCGUUGCUCAACGGAGAGCUGCAGACGAGCAUUUGA